AACCAACUUGAAGCCAUCCACACCGCCAGCAUGGAAGACCACGUGCUGGUGCUGGCGUCUAGCAAAGACGGGAAUAUCUACGUAGUGGACCCGAUGUGCGGCGCGCAACUCUUCAUCUUCAAAGGCAGCUCGUGCUCUCGUCAUGGUCUCGUCGCCAUUCCACGCACGCACCACCUGAUCGCGUUGCAACCGGGCAAACUCGCCAUGCACAUGCACAUGUGGGGGAAGGAUGUUCCCCAUUUCAAGUGCCACGUGACCGAACAUAUGGGCCCCAUGGUCACGACGUCGGAAGGAAACUACUGCAUUGCGGGUGGAGCCUCUGGAAAGAUGUAUCUGUGGUGCGUCGCCUCCGGUGCGCUGCUUCAUGUUUGGGACGCUCAUUACAAAGCGGUCAGUGCACUCCGAUUAACGUCGGACGAUGCCUUCGUCGUGUCUGGUGGUGAAGAUGCAGUCGUCCACGUCUGGCGCCUCCUCGACCUUCUCGAUGCCUCGUCCACCGAUUCUGCGCUACAAAGCAGCGCUGCACCGGUAUACACAUGGACAGAUCACGUGCUGCCCAUUACAAGUAUUCAUUGUGGGCUGGGUGGUGUCAACGGCCGCGUCUUCACUUCAUCGUUGGAUCGCACGACCAAAGUCUACGACAUUCCCUCCGGCUCGUGCUUGGUCUCGAUCACUUGUCCGUCGUUCAUCAACGUGUGCGUCGCCGAUGCAAUGGAAAACCGGCUAUUUCUCGGAGCGGGCGAUGGACGCAUCUACGUAGUGGACUUGCACGCUGCGGCGACGGCUGCAACUGCCGCCGCUGCUCGUGUAGUCGUGGCCCACGGGGGAACUCCUUUUGCAAAGGAUGCACUCAGUAUGGAUGGGUUUGUCGGCCACGAAACCCCUGUCACCGCGCUUCUUGUCAGCGUGUGUGGUCAAUACGUCAUCUCUGGCGAUGAUGAAGGCACGGUUCGCGUGUGGGACAGCGUAUCUCGUCAGUCGCUCCGUGCCGUGUCUUUUCUGAAAGGCGGCGUGUCGUCGAUGCUAUUAUUGCCGCGACCGGCCGGUCUCUUCCAUCCCGUGAAGGAAGCCUCCAACCUCGGCAUUGCACCGUUUAAGAAGUACAUGUAGCUAUAUGACAAGAAGGUGAAUUUCGGCAAAACAAGCGUCAAAAACGGGAGAAAAGUAGAAAAAAUUACGAUAAAUUUUAAAGCGCAUCCCCCGGCACACAACUCAGUCGUCGAUGAUCUUCUUGGUGGUUGGGAACCCCAGCUUCUGCUGGUUUGCCAUGCAUGCUUGGACGCAGGAGAGGCCCCACCCGUCGCAGUUUCUGUUCACAGACACAAAGGUCGGACACAGUCGCUUGCAGUCCCGCUUGAUUGACAUAUUGAGCCCGAGGCAGGCGUUGCCGUAGAUUGCGUACACUGACGAGUUGGUGCAGACAAAGUCGACACACGCAUUGCGUGCCGCCGCGAGGCCAGCUUCUUCAGAUCCUUGGCUGAUGCAUGCGGCAACCAGGAGCAAGCUGCACAUAUGCAAUAGUCGGGCGAGCAUACUGAGGGUCGUAGUUAGGGCGACUUGGGAG